AAUUAAAUUAUUUUAGAUAUAAUUAAAAGAUUAGUUUAAUAAAUCUAUGGAUAGUUCUGAAAGCCACAUAUUACAAUUGUAUACAUCGUUCGCAUCAGCUUCUUUAUUUAUCCAGUCAAGUACAUCUCGUCUUCAAUUUCUUCUAGAGACUGCACGUCUUCCUUUUGAAAUUGUAGAUCUUGCAUCCAAUCCAGCGGCAAAGGAACUUUGGUAUCGUUCUAAUAAUGGAAAAUCUCUUCCUGCAGUUAUUAAGGAAGGAAAAAUUCUUGGUAAUAUUCAUGAUAUAGAGAAUGCAAACGAAAAUGGAUUAUUAAAGGAAGUACUUACAGGGAGAGCAUGUUUAUAAAUUACAAUUGCAUUUUUAUUACUGUUUAUAAUAUAUCCAAUAAUUU